AUGGAAGAACAUGAAGAAUCUCAAGCAUCAAUAAAGGGAAAGGGAUCCAAGAAGAAGGCAAAAAGACGCUCAAGAACUCGCGAAUCCCAAAGUAGUGGUUAUAUUGCAGCGACAUCCGAUGAACCAGUGAAAGAUAAGUCAGCAUGGAAUUGUACACUGUUUAGACUCAAAUUUUAUGGCAAAAAAGUUUCAUUAUAUCAUGUUGGGUCAAACUCCGAUGUACAAGUUAGUACUAUAGGUGGUCAAUUGUUUUUGAGAGUUAAAGAAACAAAUUGCAUUAGCAGUAAAGAUAUAUUUACGCCAGUUGAUUUAGCAUCUGUAGUGAUACUGCCUAAACUCGUGACGUUCAAAGGCUUCGUGAAUGAGCGUUACUUGCGUGGUAGGUGGGUUCAACGUCACGAGUACAACGAGUUUUCCGGGGCGGAUGAUAUGGAUACAGCAAGCCACUACGAGAUCUUUGUCACUGAGACCGGAGAGAUUCGCGUCAAGUCUCUCUUCUUUGGAAAGUAUUGGAGACGUAGUCCUAAUUGGAUUUGGGCUGACACUUAUGAUACUAGUUCUAAUAAUCUUGACACAUUAUUUGAGGUGUUUAAGGUCGAUGACAAUGUCAUUGCUCUACGUAACGGAGGCAACAAAAGAUUCUGCAAAAGCCUGACUACAGAAGGCAAGACACGUUGUUUGAAUGCUGCAGCAACGAGUAUGGAACUUGAAGCGCAAUUAAUAGUAAGUGAACCUGUGAUCUCAAGGAACAUUGAAGUCCAAUUUCGGCUUGAGGAUGGUAGGAUUUAUAACAACAGACCCCUUGUAGCCGCUAAUGUUACAGUUCCCAACAGAACAACGGUGGCGCAUGAGAUUGUGAAAGGGGUGAGUUUUAGUAAAACUCGGGUUAGUACAUGGAGUAAUACUACUUCCUUGACAGUAGGUGUCAAGGCAAAAGUGACAACCGGAAUCCCCAUUAUCGCUGGAGGAAAAAUUGAAAUAGGGACUGAAAUGUCAAAAGCAAUACAGUUCGGACAAUCUAACGAUUUCUCCAAGGAUGUCAAAACUGAAUACAAGGGUGCUCGGGACAGAAGCCAUGUAUGA